AUGAACUCCGAAAGAAAGAUAAAGGAACUCAAGCGCAAAAUUCAAGCCAUGCUCGAGGCUUCAGAAGAUGGUCUUGCCACAUCAGUCGUAGAACUCUGCAGAAGUACCAUCCAAACCAUCGAAACGAAUCGUGUCGGCAAACUCCGAGUCUGGAAGGAAUUCUACGAGCCCCCACGUGUUGCGGGUCGCAACGCCCGCAAGGAUUCGGUUGAAUAUAAGGAGAAGAUCGUUCACAAAUAUUACCAUUUGCAUAAGACGCUUCCGGCUUUGGAGAAGUUGCGAGAUAUUGAUCUUGUGAGACAAGAUGUGUUGAAGGAGUUGAAUAAUCAAGUAUUGGUGGCGGAGCAAUGGGAGAAGCAAGAGGACUUGAAGAAGCAAGAUGGCUCGAAGUAG